AUGAAACGCGUCGAGCAGUCCCCUGGGGUACCAGUCAAGAACCCGACGUUGUCAUUUUGGAUGGUCCCUUUAACACCCAUUCCCCAUGAUCUGUCAGCAGGACUGCCUGACUAUGCCGACGUAGUCGUUAUUGGAUCUGGUAUUACGGGAACCUCUUUUGCUUAUACUGCGCUAGCCCAAGACAGCGCACUCGAGAUUGACGUACUGUGUAUGAAUGGAGGCCACGUCAAUCCGCCUUCCUACCACGAUUAUUCCGAGCUGAAAGAGAAGCAUGGCGAAAAGGAUACUCGUGCCAUGUUCGCAUUCCGACACGCUCAUCUGGAGGAACUGAAACGCGUCGCGCUCGCAGAAGGCAUACUCAGCGAGUCCCAGUACCGUGAGACAGAGCAUGUGGACGUUUUCACUUCCGAGGAUGCUUUUGCUACCGCCAAAGCCGAUCUUGCCAAAUGGAGGGCCGAUAUGCCUAGCCAAGCCUCACAUGUCAACCUGCAUGAACGAGACGAGGCUAUUCAGACAUUCCAUCUAUCAGACCAGGUUGUCGGGUGCAUAUCCAAUUCAGGCGGUGCGAUACAUCCUUACCGCUUUGUUACCUCCGUCCUGGAAAGGCUCCUUGCUCGACACCCAGAUCGUUUCAAGGUCUACGCUCACACCCCGUGCACCUCCAUCUCCGUCGCAAAUGAAGGUGAAGACGACGUCUACAUGGUGCACACAUCGCGUGGUAUCAUUCGCACUAGGCAUGUUGUGCACGCAACCAACGGCUGGUCUGCCCAUCUCCUCCCCGGCCUCAUCGCGAAGAUUGUACCUACGCGCGCGGCGAUGUCCACUCAACGCCCAGGCAGUCUCCUCCACCGCACCACUCUCUCCGGGCUGCGCUCGUUCGUGUUUUAUCGCGGUGGCGCUGGAUACGACUACCUCAAACAACUCCCUGUCGGUGAGCACGAGUCGAUGUUCGGAGGCGGAUGGACCAUGGCGGUCGACGAAGCGGGGGUGCCUGACAUGGGCAUUUCUGAAGAUAGCCUGGUGAAUCAUGCCGGGCAGAGCUACCUCAGCGGCGCGCUACCACAGUACUUCGGACUGGACAAUUGGGGCGCAGACGCUCAACCUCAAGAUGUCACGAUCGAGAACGCACCCAAAGAGACGCAAUGGUUCUUGGGCAGGACGAAGGCGCAAUGGAGCGGGAUACUGGGCGUGUCCGUAGACAUGUUGCCUUGGGUCGGUCGUCUGCCCAACGAGGUGUCUGGGCGGUCUUUUCCGAAGCAGAAGCGCAUAUCAGCGACUGACAAGGUCACCGCUGGCGCAAAGGAAGCACACACGUCCGCUCCCGGUGAGUGGAUCGCAGCAGGUUAUACCGGGGAUGGCAUGGUACACGCGUGGAUGAGUGGGAAGGCGUUGGCAUACAUGCUGCUGGGCAAGGAGGACCAGAUCUCUGGUUGGUUUCCUGAGAUGAUCCGUAUGACCGAGAAACGCUGGAAGAAGGCUAGCAUUGAGGAGCUCUUCGCUAAGCCCCUUACUGGCUCAUGGUCUGACGAGAAUGUGAUCAGACUAUAUGCCACUUUACUUCUCUUGCCCCCGACAGCGACGGACCUGUUUGUCCCAUGUCUCAUGUAUGUAUCGUAUGACUGUUGA